CUCCCGCCCCCUCCCCCCGUCUUUCACGAAAAAAUUUCCUAAUUCGUCGUCGUCAUGGAAUUAUUCGAGUUCUUCGUGCUGCUGUUGGUCGUCUCGACUAUGAACAGUGUAUCGUGCCACCAUCAUCAUCGCGGUAUCCACGUGGACGAUAAGAAAAAGGGGGACCCGAUGGACCACGCGAAAAGGUACGCGGCCAGUGACAAUAAGAACGUGGUACUGUCCGAGGGCGAGAAGCAGAGCAGGGGCUUGAAGGGCGAGGAAAUUAAACGCACGGUCCCUUUUAGCGAGAGGAGGCUGGAGAAGAUGCUGGAGAAAGCUAUCUUAAAAAUAAUCACCGGUGAUCUUAGCACGGGUGACAUGUUGCUAUUGAAAAGUCUGAAUUAUAGUUUGGAGGAAGUUCUUGCGAUUCGCGAGAGAGAAUUGAGCAAGAAGAAGGAUGAAGAAUUGAGGAAGAAGGAGAGCGUGAAAUCUUGGACGAAAGUAUUGUACGGGGGAGAUGGAGAAAGAAAGGUUAAAAAUUGGAAUAAAAAAUCCACGGAUCGUUCCUUUUCGAAAAAUCCUGAUUUCGAAACCAAUAAACGAGAAGGUAAGAAGAACCGACAUGUGGAUAGAUCACCUUCCUACAAGGAUUUUGACUUCGAGGCGUAUAAUCGACAGGCGAUCCUUGAUUACGAGAAUCUGCCGUCCAACAUGGAAUUUCAACAAUCUUGGUCAGAACCUACCGCUGUUGAUUACGAAGAGGUUACCAAAGCCUCCAAAGAGGAAGAUAUCGCGAAUAAUCUUCAUCGAGAUUUCGACAGGGUGAUGGAGCCUCACGUAGUCUUCAAGAUUCGAUACGAUGAUUCCGAAUUCGAUUCCAGCUCCAGUUCGGACGAAACAAAUAAAAAUCGUUCUAGGACAUCCAAACAUCACGAUCCUUCGACAACGACGAGACACGCGACUUUAAAAAAUGCCGGUAAUUCCUUUCAUGUAUCGACACCGCCAUCAAUGUCUUCAACUACUAUUUCUACUCUACCUCUGGUUUAUCAAUUGAGUAGCAUCAAUGUUAGGAGUAACUAUCUAAAUAAUGAUUAUUCUACUACAGCCGCGUCUUCGACAUCAAGUAGUACCAAUACUACCACAGAAAGUAUCGUACCAGAUGAAAUUUUAAACGACAAAAAUGAAACGAAUAUUCGCAUUAUCAAUUCCACAGAUAAAGCAUCCGUCUUAAAAAAUGAAGAGAAAACUAAUGAAAAUAAAAAGAUCAGCGAGUACGAAGGGCUCGAAUGGGUCGAAGAUGACGUUUACAGAGUACUCCCCGAGUUCGUGGAUUCCCUUAGUUUCGAGAACACGGAGGAGAACGAAACGUCCGACUACGAAGACUCUAGUCACGAUUCCCGACUAAAUUGGAACACAGAGGAGAACGAAAACAGCACGUUGGGGUAUUUGAACGACACUCCUGAUUCUGUCAAGCUCUUCGUAUCUAACAAUAACAUUUCUGCCGGCAAUCUUCCUUUGGCGAAUCUAUCGUCAUAUCUACAAGUGGCUAUUGCUCAUCGACGAGGAGGAAACCUAACCUCAAGCUUCGACAGCCAAGGUGAAAAAGCCAUUGAGGAUAUCAAAACACGAGUUUUAGCACUGACGGGAAGGUUCAACCUCAGCACUGAUGCUAAUCAAGUCCAACGAGAAAGAUUGACAAUGUUUUCUCCAACUUGUCAAAUUCCACGUAACACAGAUCAAGAUGCUUGGACGGAUUCAUUCUCUAUGAAUAUGCAUUUUCAAUUGAACUUGACUUCCAGUGAUCAUGUGAUAGCUGCUAAAUUACGGAUAUUUAAAUUACCGCAAGAAAAUGUAACAUUCUCUUCAGAAAGUACAUUUGACGAUGAAGAAGAAGAUGAAAAAAAAAUUAGAAUAUCGGUCUAUUAUUACACGAAAACUUUGAAGAGACAUCGAUCGAAGAAACGUUUGAUGGAUUCGGUAGUGACACCCCUCACGUUUAAAGGUACUCAUCUAGCGUUAGAUGUUAGACAAGGUCUCCGAUUCUGGAGAUUGAAUCCACGAAACUCUCAUGGAAGCGGAAGUAAUCACGGCUUGGUAAUCCAAGUUGAGGAUCAAGAUGGCAGGCCAUUGAAACCGGCUCUAUAUAUUCAACAACCGUCUUGCGUGGAUCAGGAUUCAGAUCAGAAGGCAUACCAGCGAGUACCUGCACUCUUCGUACGAGCCUGUACUCGUUACGUUCGUAUCGUAAAUGGCAAAACGGAGACAUACGUCAAUUGCAGGCAUUAAAAUGGAAGAAAAACUUUUAGAUGUUAUAAGAAAGUAGUAAAUUAUUCAUAUUGUACUUUAUGUUUUAAAAAAUGAUAACUUUUUUAUGAAGAACAGGGAAUACCGUCCUUUAACUAUCACUUGAUUCAAACAUGCACUAACAGAAACAUAGGAUGCAUUUUUAUGAAAAAAGUAACUAUAAUCAAUACAAAAUAUGUCUAAAUCGAACAAAGAUACUUUUAUGAAUUCGUUAAAAAAAUGAUUUUUUUAUUACUAUUUUUGAAUAAUUAAUUAGAUUGAACUCAUUAACGAAUUCAACAAAAUUUUAUAAACUUUUUAUAUAAAAUCAUGUUGACGAUAUUCUAAUAAUUUUUACUAUUCUAUGCGCACAAAAAUAGAUCACAUGAAAACAAUAGACGAAUGCCCCCACUACUUGAAAAUUAAUUUAAGAUGGAGUAAAAAACGCGCGAAAAUUAUAAUAAUUGUAAAUGUUUAAAAAGUACGUACAAUCCCAGCAAAAGUCCUUUUAUAGACUAUUCUUAACUAAAAGAAAAAAUGUUAACUUAAAAAUGUAGCACCGUAUUAUUUAAAUGAAAUUCAAUCUGUUUCACAUUGAAACCUGCACCGCCUAUAAAAGAUCGUAUGGAAAAAAUUCGGAAAUACCUUCAAUUCGACGCCGGCGGGCACGACGAUCGGCCUGAAGGACAAAGAGUGAGGGCAGAUCGGUGUAAUCAUGAUCGCAGGUACAGAAGGAUGAAUCAUGCUGGCCCCAGCCGCAACAGCAUACGCCGUAGACCCGGUCGGCGUGCUUACGAUCAGGCCAUCACCCUGUACACUGGUCACAUGUUUACCAUCGAUGAAGAGGUCGAUGUUUGAGAGAUAUGGGGACGGACCUCGAUCCACCACGACCUCGUUCAGCAC